UUGCGAACGUUCUUAUCAAGCUCUUUGUCGAAACGAGUAGUGCGGGUUUCGCGUAGCCCGUUCAACAAGUCAUGCGUGUCUUAAAUUUCAAAGAAUAACGGCAUGGACUCGUUCCGAAUCUUUUAACCUAUAUAAACCAGACAUACGCACCAUGUGUAGCUAUUAGCCGUUGUAGAUACGGCAAAGAGCAAUGGAUUUAUUAUUGUUGUUGAUUUUAUGUGCGAGCGCCUCUGGUGUGCAGAGAAAUUACCACUAUGUAAUUGCACCAAACGUUAUUCGCCUUGACAGUCAAGAGAAAGUCCUGGUUGGAAUAUUAGGCGGUAACCGAACUCAAGAACUUCAGAUAUGGUUCGAGUAUUUAGAUCAACAAUUACUGCGACAGUCAGUCUGGAUAUAUAGCCCGGAAACUCCAGUUCUGGUCACUUUCAAUGUCACCGCAAAUAAACUUUUCGCAAAUGUAGGAGAUGAAAUUAAAAAACGAUUUAAGCAAAAGACAAUUCGGCUUGUAUGUCAGGAUAAUUUCAAUAACAAGCAAAGCCAGGACGUUCCUCUCAGCUUCAAAUCCGGCUACCUGAUCGUGCAGACUGAUAAGCCCUUGUACAACCCAACGGAAACAGUGAACGUUCGAGUGUUGGCUAUGGAUGAAGAUAUGAAACCUGUCAAGAACAAGUACCUGGAAAUCGAUCUGAUUAAUCCAUCAAAUAUGGCUGUCGGCAGGCAGCAAGUUCGACCCGGAAGAUCUAUCAACGGUUUCUAUAGGUGUCAUUUCGAGCUUCCGCCUUCUCCAGAAAUAGGAACAUGGACUAUCAAAGCAAAAUUUGAAGACAUGUUGGAGACGUACUCUAUUGCCCCGAUUGACAUACGCGAAUUUGUACUUCCAACGUUUGGCAUACAUAUUCAGACGACACCUUCUUAUAUUUUGCCUACGGAUGAUACUGUAUAUGUCACGAUUACUGCAAUGUACGUGUACGGAAAGGCGGUUGAUGGUACUGCUCGACUUCACUUCGACAUUCGGAGGGAAGGUGAUAAAUCCAACCUUAAGAAGAUAUUCACCAUGUCAAACGUAGAGCAGCUUAGAAGAAGCGGCAAAGCACAUUUUACCAUUAACAUCAAGAAGUUAAAAGCGAACAAAGGUGGCAGCUUUCCAGCAGGUGGUGUCUUAGAGCUUUCGGCCACAGUUCAUGAGUCGGCAACGGGCAAAGAAGAAUCAAAAUUUGACGACUCCGUUAAGUUUGUGAAUGCCCCAUUUAGAUUCGAUUUAUCCAGAUCCAAGACUACAUUUCGAAGAGGUUCCAAUUACCUUCUGCAGGUGUAUGCAUUUUACGUGAAUGGAAAAAAGGCCGCGAAUACAAUGUUUAACGUAGAAGUGUACCAUGCCACUCGAAUGGUACAUUCACUAAACCGAACUACAGACAGUUCCGGUAAAUCUUUAGAUGUUUUAGAAUCUGCUGUAUUUGCGAAUCCCGGCACCUACACUCUUAAGGUGUUUACUCCUGGCUUUAGCAACUAUCGUGAGCAGUUACAAUUGCAGCAUUAUACCGGUGACACAACAAACAAUAUUGUCGUCGAGAAAGUCGAUUUGGAAGGACACCCAUUCAUGAGAGCAACCACAAAUAUCCAGUUGUUUGACGACUAUACAGGGAUAAUAUUCGUGGUAUUUGCUAGAGGAAAGAUUGUAUAUCAUGCAUACAGACCAGCUGCCAUGCAGCUAUCGAUACCACUGAAUGAAGAUAUCAUUGCGAAACUGGCUCCUGUUGGCAGAAUUGUAGCCUUCUAUGUCGAUAAAAGGACUAACACGGUUGUCGCUGACUCGUUGUCAUUCUACAUUGAAUCCGAUCAGCGCAAAAAUAAGCUGAAAAUUGAACAACCAAAACUGCAAGUCUUUCCUGGAGAGGUGUUAGAAUUAUCGGUUUUUGGACCAUCGGGCAUGUGGGUCGGCUUUAACGUUAUCGACAAGGCGUUACUGCUUCUUAACAGCGAUAAAACAUUGACACACGACAAGCUUCUUAAAGAGAUGGGAAAUCACGACCUUGGUUGUGGAGCGGGUUCCGGAACAACAACGGAGGAAAUACUCAAGAACGCGGGUGUCACCCUUCUAAUAAGCUCGGGCACACUCAACAAGGAUCGUCUACGACGCCAUUCUGAAAGCUGUAUGGGGAUGAAACGUCGUCGACGCUCUUUGACUGAACACCAGUUAGCUAGUGGUCGAUCAGUGUUUGACUCUCAGACCCAAUAUCAAAUGGAUAUUGACAGACUUCGAGACUUCGGUAUUCGCAGAAUAAACGUUCGACGGCGAUUUGAUACUUCCCACUUUUUUGAGGAGAAAAUGAUAAGUGGCAGCAACUUCACGCUUAUAAAAUUCAAAGACUCUAUAACGGAGUGGACAAUUCAAGCGAUUGGCAUCUCGGAGGACGACGGACCGUAUAUCGCUGAUUCAAAAGAUGUAAAAACUUUCAGAGACUUCUUUGUUCAGGUUGAUCUGCCAUACAAAGCGACUCGGAAAGAAAUGUUCAAUGUCAAAGUGACUGUGUGUAAUUAUAUGAAAACUGAACAGACUGCACGCGUGUACUUGAAAGGCGUUGACAAGGUUUGUUACGGCACAACUCCUGGACAGAAUUCACCACCACAGACUCUAACGCUGCCUCCGAACAGCGCAAAAUCCCUGUCGUUUGGAGCUAUAGCGCUUCAAGAAGGUAAUUAUCCUAUAACGGUAUCGGCGCUGGUAGUCAACGAUGAUCAACCAUAUGUGGAUGUUUUGGAAAAACAGUUAUACGUUGUGAACGAGGGGUUUCAGGAGCGGAAAACGAUCACAGUAUGCCUCGAUCCUGCUAAUGAAUCACAAAGUUGCAUAAACAGUCCCGGAGUCACGAGACAUCAGCCGACAUUUAGUCGUAACAGACCGUCGAUUAUGAUGACCGUUGAAUUAACACUCCCCGAAUCGGCAUUACGAGGAUCAGGAUCGGCAAACGCAUAUCUUUCAACUUGCAGUGCAAGAAACUACAUUCCCGAAGUUGACCUGGAAACUACGAUAGAGAGCGGUGACGGACAACGGUUUAUACGUUAUCGAAUAAGCAAUCAAAAUACCGUUCUGAAUGCAUUAUUUCCAAUGAAAGUUCCGAACGGCGACAAGCUAAAAGUAACAGUAACGGGCGUUGGAACAGGUAUUUUAAAAAUAGACCUAUUCUACAGACGACUGGCGAAUAAAGAAGAGAUUUGUCCCUUUGAAAUCAGCCGAAUCAAAAUCAAAGAAGUAAUCACAGAGAUUGCUGAUAAUCAAGAGAUUCGCCUUCUUGAUACACCAAGACCAUGCGAUGUGUGCGGGUAUUGUCCGGAAUCGGAGCCAGUCCAUGGUAACAUUAGUCUGCCUCGAAAACGGCAAAAACGUCAGGUGCAAGAGGAACGUCCACAUCUAAAAUGUGUUGAGUUCAGUGUUAGAACUAAGUCGCCAAGUUAUGAGGCGGGAAUGGCGAUUGUAGAGGUCAAUUUAGAAACGGGAAUGAGCGUUGUGGAAUCAGAUCUGAAGAUUUUACAGAGAAAUUACACCGUGUUUCCCUUAUAUGAAAUGCCAACAGACGGGAAAGGAUUCAUCAUAUUUUACCUUUCAAAGGUAACGUCCCGUCCGAUAAACAUCAUCUUUCGGCUUAAGGAUGAUUUUUCAGGAAAUGAACCGACACGUCAGGAGGCAUCAGUUCGAGUCUACGACUAUUACAAUCCAGAGAAGUCCUGUAUAACACAGUAUAGUAUCAACCCUAACAAAGCGUAUCCAGUUGCCAUACCAUGUGAAGGUGGUGAACAGUGCAAAUGUGUUCAAAGUCAGUGUCCUCAGCCUGUUGAUGACGAACUGUUCCGAAUGGCAUCAGCCUUAGCCAACGAACAAAAUGCCGUAAAAAAGCGCACUCUUCCAAGUCCCAUUGACAAGCUAAUGGAAUAUGCGUGUAACUUCGAAAAGGCCAACUACGUUGUCUACGUUACGAUUAUGGCAAUUGCCAACGACACCCAAAGGAACGUCAGAUUUGCCAGCUCGACCGUUAAAAAUGUUCUUCUACAAGGUGAUUUGUUCUAUCCCGUUGCCUAA